UUUUCCUCUUCAGUGGACCAGAAGGUCUGGAUAAUGUCGUUUCUUUGUUGUUCUUCGUCGCGGAUUUCAUCAUGGCUAAUGCAGCCUCUCCUGCUCUGCGUCUUUGUCAUGGCCGUUGCGCGCGCGCAGGUCCGUUAUUCUAUCCCAGAGGAGAUGACAAAGGGCUCGCUGGUGGGAAAUAUCGUUCAGGAUCUCGGUUUGGAUGUUAAGAGGCUGAAAUCUGGUCGAGCGCGGAUCUUUACGGAGGACAGUCGUGAGUACAUCGGUCUAAAUGUGGAUAAAGGGACUCUGAUAGUGAAAGAGAGGAUAGAUAGAGAGGAGCUGUGCGCCCAAGUGUCUCCCUGCUCCUUACAUUUUCAGAUCAUCCUAGAAAACCCCAUGGAGCUGCAUAGAAUUGAUGUGGAAAUAUUAGAUAUCAAUGAUAAUUCUCCUAUAUUUGAUCGAAAGGAAAUUGAUUUUCAAAUAAGCGAGUCAGCCAUUCCCGGAGCGCGAUAUUCACUGGAAAGUGCUAAAGAUCCAGAUGUAGGUCUUAACACACUUCAGACAUAUAAACUCAACCCCAGCGAUUUUUUCACUCUGAAAUCGUUAUCUCGCUCUGAUGGCACUAAAUAUGUAGAGAUGGUGCUGCAGGUGCCUUUAGAUCGAGAAAAACAAAGUGAACAUAAAUUGGUUCUAACUGCAUAUGACGGGGGCAGCCCUGCAAAAUCUGGAGCUGUUAAGAUUAAUAUUGUUGUUCUUGAUGCAAACGACAACGCACCGUCAUUCACUCAAUCUGUUUAUCGUGUUAGUUUACCCGAAAACACCCCUUUGGGCUCUCUUGUCAUUGCGGUUUCCGCAACAGAUGCAGAUGAGGGGACAAAUGGAGAGAUUGAAUAUUAUUUGUCUCAAAGCAGCCGCAGUAUUUCAAAUAUUUUCAGCAUCGGGCCUUUAAACGGGAAGAUCACAGUUAAAGGUGCUUUAGAUUUCGAGCUAUCAAAGUACUAUGAGUUAGACAUUGAAGCAACGGAUAAGGGUGGUUUAACAGAUACUUGUAAAGUACUUAUUGAAAUUACUGAUGUAAACGAUAACGCCCCUGUCAUAAGCGUAAUGUCAUUCUCACACACAAUACCAGAGGACGCAGCACCAGAGACUGUUAUAGCGAUGCUGAAUGUCAAAGAUUUAGAUUCGGGUAAAAAUAGACAGGUUAAAUGUUCUAUAGGUGCAAAUUUGCCUUUUAAAAUACACUCAUCCGCCUCAAACUUCUAUAGUGUGACAACAGAUCAGCUAUUAGAUCGUGAACAAACAUCUGAAUAUAAUAUCACAAUAACAGCUACUGAUGAGGGCUCUCCAUCCUUCUCCACUAAUAAAACACUGACUCUGAAAAUCUCUGAUGUAAAUGACAACGCCCCUGUGUUUGAGCGUCAGUCAUACACCGCAUUUAUCAUGGAGAAUAAUUCUCCAGGGGUCUCUGUUUUAUCUGUUAAAGCGCGCGACAAAGACUCUGGCAAUAACGCGCGUAUCUCCUAUUUUCUAGAGGAUGUUGUUGUGAAUGGCGUCUCUGCCUCCACCUUUAUUUCAGUCAAUGCAGAGAGCGGAGAGAUUCUUGCUGUUCGUUCUUUUGAUUACGAGCAAACAAAAGAGUUUAGCAUCCGCGUAAAAGCGCAGGACGGAGGCUCUCCUCCUCUCAGCAGCAACGUGAGCGUCAAAAUCCUGAUUCAGGACCAGAAUGACAACGCGCCUCAGGUUCUGUAUCCGGUCCAGUCAGGCGCUUCUGUGGUGGCUGAAAUAGUGCCUCGUUCGGCAGAUGUGGGUUAUCUGGUGACUAAAGUGGUGGCUGUUGAUGUGGACUCUGGACAGAAUGCUUGGCUCUCCUAUAAACUGCACAAAGCCACAGACAGGGCGCUGUUUGAAGUGGGCGCACAGAAUGGAGAAAUAAGAACUGUCCGGCAAGUGACAGAUAAAGAUGCUGUCAAACAAAGACUCACUGUUGUAGUGGAGGACAACGGGCAGCCCUCUCGAUCAGCUACAGUCAAUGUUAACGUGGCGGUGGCGGACAGCUUCCCUGAGGUGCUCUCGGAGUUCACUGACUUUACGCACGACAAGGAAUACAACGAUAACCUGACUUUCUAUCUCGUCUUGGCCUUGGCUGUAGUGUCGUUUCUCUUUAUCGUGUCCAUCAUCGCCAUACUGUCAGUCAAAUGCUACAGAUGGAGACGCGAGCGGAUGUUUUAUAAGUCUGGAGCGAAUCUUCCGGUUAUUCCGUAUUAUCCGCCUCUUUACGCAGAUGUAGGAGACAGGAACUUUACAGCACGUGUACAAUUAUGAGGUUUGCAGAACCACUGACUCCAGAAAGAGUGAUGUGAAAUACGGCAGACCUUGCAGUGAGAGCAUCAUUAGUCUGGACAC